AGACGUCACUCCGCCCCACAGCAGAAACAGGUCGCUGGUCGCCAGCGCGAGUGGGAGGGUGAGGAGUUUAUUCCCUGUUUACAUCACUGUGGAUAUUAAAUACUCACUCGCGUUCAGAUAGACAGGUUCAGAUUACGCUCAUCCAAACCUGAGCGUGUUUUCUGUCCGUCUGCACCGCCGCGAAGUUUCUGCUUAGCGGAGUUAACUGUGGCGUUAGCUUUAGCUGGAAGCGCCGAGAGACGGGCGAACUGUCCGGACGCUGAUGUGGCGGAACCGCCGGUUAGCACCGCAGAACGGCUUCUGAUCGAUAUUCGCUUCGCAGGUGAUCCGGACCUCGAGAAUGGCGUUCGUUAAAAGCGGGUGGCUCCACAGGCAGAGCACCAUCUUGCGUCGCUGGAAGAAAAAUUGGUUUGACCUCUGGUCAGAUGGCCGUCUCAUUUUCUAUGAUGACCAGCAACGGCGUGACAUGGAGGAUGAGAUCCAUAUGAGGGUGGAGUGCAUCAACAUCCGGAAUGCCAGUGCCUGUAGAGAGCUGACCCCACCUGAAGGAAAGGGCAAAGACUCCCUUCUUCAAAUCGUGUGUCGCGAUGGACGCGUCAUCAGCCUCUGCGCAGACAGUGCAGAUGACGCUCUAGCCUGGACCAUGGCCCUAAAAGACGCCAGAAUCAACACUGUGGUGGCACCCCCUCAGUUUGGGUUUACACAGGAGGUGAAUGCCUCUGCCCCGCCUUCAUAUGCGGAAUUAAAUCCGACUCCUCAGGUGUACUAUCCGAACCAGUAUGGAGGCUACAUCCCUCAUCCUACUCCCCCCUAUGCGGCCCAUGUGGUUUACUCUGCAGGUGGGCAGCCGGAUACGUUUGCCUCUCCAUAUCAUUACCAAGGAGCCUACCCCCCACGUGAAGUCAACCACGUCAUCAUUGAGGACCGUCGCCGUGACGAUGCGGGAGACAUGGCUCUCGGGAUGCUGGCUGGUGCUGCAACGGGAUUGGCUAUCGGUUCCCUUUUCUCUGUGUUUUAACGUGCCUGUGGAGUUAAGAUCCUGUCUUUUCUGUCCUUCUGAGACCCUUUGCAGUUCAGACUGUGUUCUGCUACUGUCCUAACAUUGCUGCAGUUCCUGUGUAUCUUAAUAACUAGGUCUAAUGCGUUAGCUGUGUCGAGGGAGACGUUUGUGAUCUGUUUGGCCUUUAAUCCCUCUAUAUACUAAAGCCUUAUGGUAGCAUUUACAGCUGGGGUGCAGUAGAACUGAGUUUGUUUUGCACUUUACUACAUGUGAGACAGUGUGAAACAGUUGUAAAUCAGAACACUAUUCAAAGGCCUUACAGUGGUUGAUCAUAAAAACUAGGUCACCUGCUUCGAUUAUAAAGGUAUUGAAUGAAGAACAACUGUAUUCAUCAUGGAAUGUGUUCAGUUUAAGACGAUUGGUCUUGUAUUAUCCUUUCCUGUACCUUCUUAAUAUUGCUGAGACCAAACAGGCAUGAACUGACACUUAGCAGGAAAACGAACAUGUUCCAGUCUGGAAUUGUUGGAUUGGUCCCAGCAAACUUAAAGUACAUUUUGCAGCACAAAGCAUUUGAUGAUCCAUAAAAUAGUCAGUUAGUUGUCCUAACAAACAUCUAACAUGGCCAGCACACUAAUUAAACCUUCAAGGAAAGGUUCUGUAACUUUGAAACUGUAUUUGGGACACUGGUUGAUCUGUAUUGAUCUGGAGUGGCGAUGACUUUUCUGGGUUCUUUGCUGUUGCUGAACUGGCUUAUUUGGGGGCUUAGUGUGUACAUAGACUCCCAUUGUGGCUUUAUGGGGAGACCUACAGAUCAAACCGUUAAACCCCCCCUAAAAAAAAAAAACAAGAGUUUGGCUGCUAAUAUCAGAAUUUUUGCGCGAGGCCUUCACAGAAACCUCAUUUGACCUACACUCCUGAAGUGCUUAUUUGAUAAGGUGUUCCUUUAUAAUGAUGCUGCUUUUUUUGUGCAGAAUGAUAAUGCUUUAAAAACGCUCCUCUGCAGUGUGAAGUUAUUUAUUCUGGUUGUGUUACGAGAUAAAUGUUUGUUUUCAUUCUCGGGAUUUUUUUUUCUUAUUUGUGAAAAAUAGCUUUCAAAUGAGGCAGCAGAGCUGUGACCCGGCAAGGCCAGGAACGUGGGAAUGCUCAAAACGUAGGAGUGAUUUUGCAGGGAAAAUAAGAAAAGUCAUUAGAAAUGGGCAUUGUCUCGUCCGUUCAUUUGGUCAGUUUUCAUAUACAAGUUACUGUAACGUUUACCGGAUAUGUCUGAUUUGUUAUUUAUUGACUACAUUUGUCACUUUGCACAUUUUAUCACAAUAGAAAUUAGAUGAGAGAAGUUACAUUUGAAUUGUAUUUGAUUUAAUUUGACAUACGUUGACCAUUUUACAGAUGCAUAACAGAUACGCCCUGGCCUGUACUUUGUGGACCAGCGAAGUAGAAAAUUCCAGAGGGUGAUAUAGGUGAUGCUCUUAUUCUAAACAUUUCCUCUUCAUGUUACCGUCUGUGUCUGCAGUUGCACUUGUUGCUCAAACAUUUCACCGUUUGCCGCAUUGCAAUAUUUUACUGUCAUGAUUGUAAUCAAUAAAGUACUUAACCUGAAUACCAGGCGAGAGAAA